AUGGCUCUCGCUCCCAAAUUUGCUGGCCAAGCCCUCUCGAGCGGCGCUCACCACACUUUAGAACUAUUCCUCGACUACGUGUGCCCUUUCAGUAAGAAGCAGUUUGAAACCUUCUACCACGAUGUCGCUCCCAUCAUUGAGCAGAAGUACUCGAAGGACCUCCGGGUCAUUUUCCGUCAGCAGAUCCAGCCAUGGCACCCUUCCUCAACUCUAGUCCACGAAGCAGCUGUUGCAGUCUUGAGAACCGAUCCCUCCAAGUUCUGGUCCUUCAGUGCUGCUCUUUUUGACAAGCAGACCGAAUAUUUCGAUGUCAAUGUCGUCAAUGAGACCAGAAACCAGACCUACAAGCGUCUUGCAAAGCUUGCGGCCACUGUUGGUCUGGAGGAGAGCAAGAUCUACAGUCAGCUCGAGAUCUCUAACAAGCCCGGCCCUGAUGGCAGCCUCAAUUCUGGCAACCAGGUCACUAACGACCUCAAGUUGCUCAUCAAGGCUAGUCGUUUGGUCUCUGUUCACGUUUCGCCUACCGUUAUGUUUAAUGGACUCAACGAGCCAAGCAUUUCGAGUAGCUUCACAAAGAAGGACUGGGAGGAGUGGUUGCAGAAGAAUGUCGUUUGA